AUGUCGUCCGCUCUCCGCAAUGGACACCACGGCGGCGCAAACGGUGGCUUCGCGCACCCAGAGAGCAAGCGGUUUACGGACGUGCCCAUUGCCAUCGAUGUCCCGACGCAAGACGAAGACGAGGCUGUCGAGAUUGGCCUUGAAAACUUAGUCGACGACCCCACGGAUCUUUGUGACCUGUUCGAGAACGAGAACGCGGCGCGCACGUACUGGAUGACCGUGUCGCUGGCGUACGCCAAGCAAGGCAAGAUUGAGAAUGCCAUCGAAAUGCUCAUCCGCGGUGGCAAUGCCAUGCAGAACAACAACCCCAAGGAGAAGCUGAGCAUCGUGGCAUGUCUGUGCUGGAUGUACCUGUGGAAGAGCCGUUUGGCACCGCGCGUGCCGCCCGAGGGCGCUCUGGCGUCGGACGCGAAGACCAAGGAGUACUACCUGCAGCUGGCGACGUCGACCCUCAACGAGGCCUCACGCAUUAACCCUGCGUACCCUCCUCUGUUCUUGGCUCGUGGCGUUCUGCUCCUCCUUCGCGCCUCUCUGCAGCUGCCCACGGCAUCUGGCGGCGGGGGCGCUGGUCCUGUGGCUGGUGAAAAGCUGGAGCUGCUGCGCGCGGCCACGAAGUCCUUUGAGGACGCCCUGCGCGUGUCUCAGGGCAAGAACAUGCUGGCUCUGAUGGGCAAGUCCCGCGCGCUCUACUCGCUUGGGAAGUACGCCGAGGCUCUUUCGGGCUACCAGGAGGUGCUGGGCAAGGCACCGGAGCUGGUGGAUCCUGACCCGCGCAUUGGUAUUGGCUGCUGCUUCUGGCAGCUUGGCUUCAAGGAGGAUGCCAAGACGGCAUGGGAGCGGUCUCUUGAGAUCACGCCUGAGUCCAAGGUAGCCAACAUCCUCUUGGGCCUCUACUACCUCGACAGCAGCGGCCAAGUUGCCGCCAACAGCCCCGAGUUCCUGCGCCUGUACAAAAAGGGCAUGACGGAAUACACCCAGAAGGCCUUUAAGCUGGACAAGAACAUGCCGCUCACGUGUGCGACCUUUGCGGGCUACUUCUUGUCGCGCAAGGCGUUCACAAACGUCGACUCGCUGGCCCACAAGGCCAUCCAGAGCACCGACAUCAACGCCGUUGCCUCUGACGGCUGGUACUUGCUUGCACGCAAAGCCCACAUGGAGGGCGACGUCGAGCGGGCGGCCGACUACUACCGUCGGUCGGACGAUGCUCGCGGUGGUACCGACCGUGGCUACCUUCCGGCCAAGUUUGGCGCAGCACAGCUGUCGGUGGCCAAGUCGGAUCUCGGCGAGGCCAAGCUGCGGCUCGAGAAGAUGAUCCAGCAGUCGAAGAGCCUCGAGGCCAUGGCACUUCUUGGCACAUUGUAUGCCGAGGAGGUGUUUGCCAACGACCGUGCCGCCGUCAAGGAGGACAAAGCUGUCGAGAAGAAGAAGGCCAUUAGUCUCCUGGAGAGCGUGCGGACGGCGUGGAAGGACCCCAAGAAGCACUUAUCGCCGGACUCUGCGGUCCUGCUCCACCUUGCAUGGCUGUUUGAAGCCGACCACCCGGACAGGGCCUUGCAGUGCCUGCAGCAGGUGGAGCAGUUGGAGCUGGACCAGAUUGCAGAGUCGGCCGAGCCGGCCGCCGAGGGCGUCGAUGAGGCGACACACCGAGAAUCGCUGCGCAAGUUUCUGCCGCCACAGCUGCUGAACAACAUGGGCUGCUUCUAUUUCCAGUCGGAUAAGCAGGAGCUGGCCAGCAGCAUGUUUGAGCUGGCCCUGGACGCGUGCGUCAAGAUCCAGAACAAGGAGGAUGAGGAGACGGAUGCGGACGCGCUGGUUACGACCAUCAGCUACAACCUGGGCCGCAGCUACGAGGCCCGGGCACUAGUGGACAAGGCUGUCGAAGCGUACGAGGGCUUGCUGAAGCGCCACGAGGGAUACACGGAUGCACGGCUGCGUCUGGCGUACGUCAAGCUGCGGAAGCAACCCAACGACGCGGGCCCGGAUGCAGUGGCCAAGCUGUACCAGGAGAACUCGAGCGACCUGGAGGUGCGCGCACUGUACGGAUGGUACCUGGGCAAAGCCUACGCCAAGAAGCGGCCGGCCAACAUCAACGAGGACCACGAGCUGCGGCACUACAAGCACACGCUGCAAAACUACGACAAGCAUGACCGUUAUGCCCUGGUGGGCAUGGGCAACCUGUACUUGGCUUCGGCGCGUGAGAUGCGCCGGGAGACGGACCAGGAGAAGCAGAAGCGCAGCGCGGCAUACAGCCGUGCCGUCGAGUUCUUUGACAAGGCUCUGCAGCUGGACCCUAAGAACGCGUAUGCAGCGCAGGGCAUUGCCAUUGCACUUGUCGAGGACAAGAAGGACUACCGCAGCGCGCUGCCGAUUUUCCUCAGUGUCCGUGACACGGUCCGCGACGCGCACGUCUAUGUGAACUUGGGCCACAUCCAUGCCGAGCUGCGCCAGUUCUCCAAGGCGAUAGAGAACUACGAGGCUGCACUGGCCAAGGACGGCAAGAACAACGACCCUAUACCCUGUCGUGCCUUGGGCGCGUGUGGCUGCAGAAAGCGAAGAUGGACAAGGACCUGGAGGCCUUCAAGAUGUGCCUCGAAUGCGCCCAGAAGGCUCUUUCUGUGGCACCGGAUCAGCCUAAAAGAGAGCCAACGGACACUGCAGCAGCUGCAGGACGCGGCCAGCGGCUUGGAGGAGGCCAUCAAGGCGCUGGACGAUAUCGCAGCGCACCCGCAGACGCCGUAUCCGAAACAGGAUGUCGAGCAGCGUGCUAACAUGGCGCGCAACACGCAGCGGCGGCAGCUGGAGCGCGCGAUUGCCAGUCAAAAGGACUAUGAGGAGAAGAACAAGGAGAAGCUAGCAGCGGCGGUCGAGCAGCGACAGGCGGAGCUGAAGCGGCGCGAGGAGGCGCGGCAAAAAGCGCUCGACCAAGAAAAGGAGCGGCAAGACAAGAUCCGCAAGGACCGCGAAGAGAUUGCGGCGCGCGACCGCGUGCUGGCCGAGAAGCGGGCCGAGGAGGAGCGCGCGCGUCGCGAGGCGGAGAUGACGACCGACAGCGAGACGGGCGAGAAGGUCAAGCGGAAGCGCAAGCCGGCGCCGCGGAGUGACCGCGCAGCAGGCAGCGGCAAGAGCCGGUCGCGCAAGAAGAAGGCACAAGACGAAGACGACGACGACGACUCGGACGGCGACAACCGCUCGGGCGACUCUGGCGCUGAGGACCGGCACCAGAAGAAGAAGCGUCGCCUGUCGCGCAAGGAUCCGCCCAAGAACUCCAAGUACAAGUCAUCAGAACUGGUGCACAGCAGCGACGACGAGGACGACGAGUACGACGCGCUGGAUGCGGCCGAUGCGGCCAUUGAGCAGAGCAACCGCCGUGGCGGCUCGGCCGGGUCAGACGACGAGGGUGUGCGUGACGACGCCUCGGACCGCAUGGACGUGGACGAGGCCGAUGACGACGAGGGCGGCUCCCGGUCACAGCAGCAGCAGAGCAAGCGUGCUCGGAGAAGUGCCGGCCGCGUCCUGGACGAGAGCGAAGACGAGGACGAGCCGGCCAAGGCAGACGACGACGAUGAGGAAGAGGAGGCGCCGGCUGCUCGACGGGGACAUAGACGGGCCGUUAGCGACGACGACGACGAUGAGUAA